CUAUCGGCAAUAUUUAUAGUUAGGAAAACAGCUAAACAUCUGGAUGCAGUGCAGAUCUGUUGUCAGACUGUAGUGCGAUAUAAACAAUUUUAUUGCUUUUCAUCUGGAUUAGAAAGUCGGCUUGUGUUUGAUGAACUGAAAUUAUUCGGUAAAUUAAGAAAAUUAAAGAUGCAACAAAUUAACUUUGACAAGUAACGGCACGACUAGUCUUUUGAACACAUUGUUUAACAAUAAUGUUUUGAAGGGUGUUACCUUGUCAGUUCUGCAGUGUUGAAUGGGUAACCGUGGUAGUAGAUGCAAGGGUAGAGGACUAAGGUAUCGGUUUAUUCGACCGGAGGACGAACUCUUUGAUGACGAACAAAUACAGACGGAAGACUUUGAUGGAACCACGUCGGACUCUUACGAAAAGCUAAUAGGUUGGAUGAUCGAAAUGGCCGAAAAUGAUCAAGCCGACUUAAGUUCACUGGCAAUUGUUGAACAUUUGACUACUGUGUCCGCGGAAAAACAUAAACAUAGUACCACUCAGUUAGCACCAUCCAUCCGUUCGAUCCCGUCAAUACACCAGAAUUCAUAUGAGGUUCCAGUUCGCCAACAUUCUUUCGAUUCUAGUUGUAGUUCUUUAAACAGUAGAUCGUCCAGGUCUGGAGAAGUCUUAUUGAAUCCUAAAACAAGGUUCCGACGGGAGAUGCUCAGUCGGCAAAGUACAGUUGGUUUUUCCGACGACAGUGAAGUCCCACAUAAUCGGAUUGUAAGCGGCAGUUUUGACAGCGACACCGAUACGAACUUUCGGAGUCCGGAUACAAUUAUGAUAAACAAUAAUAUAGAAGAAACUUCUUUCACGAAUCGUUUAAGACAUCCCUUACGUAAACAUCAAGUUUGCACAACAUACCGUAAUUACAACACAAGUUUCGCAAACUUAUUGAAUAUAAGCUCUCGUAAAAGGAGCAAAAGUUUAAUGACAAUGAGAAAGAUGUUGUCAGAAACGAGAAAUGACGAAGAAAUAACCCCAACUGCUGAAGAAACAGUAGUUAAGGUAUUAGAUAAUGAAAUGUUAGAUGGAAAUAUGGCUGAUAUUUUAUAUUCCAUAGAAGCGCUAUGGCCAAAGGCUCCAAAAUAUCUUAACUGGGAACAAAAAGGGUAUAGUUUGAGUUGAAUGACGCAUUGCAUGACUUUGUUCAGCACUUGAGUAAAAUUCCAUUUUUUGAAAAAGCAGUUUUAUGUCAGAAAAUAUGACACAGACGCUUCUGUAUUUUUGAAUGUUUCAAAAAUUGAGAGUAAAUCUAGAAUUCAAAUUUUGAAGAAUAUGAUUAUAAUAUAAUUUGUUUGUUUCAUAAUAUAUUUUAUAAAAAAAGUAGUAGACGAUAAAUCCACUUUACUACCACACAAAUUCAUUUAAAUAUCGACCAAACACGAUUGGAUAUAUGAAUUAUUGACAAUGUAAUAAAGAUUCAUUGUUCAGUGGUAUUUCUAAGAAUGGCGCUAAGUCUUGUUUUAUAGAAACAGAAGCUGCAUAUUUAUUAAAUGCACAAUAAUUGUGCUACCAGGAAAUGUAUGGCACACUGAAAUAGGGUUAAUAUAACAAUACCAUGAUUUGCAAUGUCGUAUUCUUGCGCAUUGUGUAUCUAGCCUGGAAAAUUCUACUCGAGCUAAAUGCAUCAUUGCAGAUCAAGAUAUUGUUUUAAUGACCUUCUGCCAUAUACAUAGACAUCAUUCUAGUGUUAAACCAGGCAAAAAUAAGACUGAAAACUCGUUUGAAAUAGUGAACUUUUUGACGCAUGGAACGUCAAGACGCCAUCAUUGCGUCAUUGCUAAUGGAAUACUUUUCCGUAUCCGAUGGGAGCUGAAUACAAGUUUUUGUAUUCGGAAGUAAAAUACACGCUUGAUUUGAGACAGAAAAUUCAUAGGUAAAUAAUGAAAUAUUUGUUUACUGAGUUUUAUGAUUUGUCUGCUAUAUAACAGAUGUAUUUCAGAAAAAAAAGAAGAAUUUUCUAAUGUUGUGAUGUCUUUCUGUGACAUCUUAUAUUGACUGGUAUUAAAAAGUGCAUCAACGUCUUUUAAAAUACGCGUUAAUGACAUUUUUGUAGACGUAUUUUUAUUGAUUUUUAUGUUUUAUUGAAAGGUUUAGAAAUGUCUUUAGAAGACCUCUUUUUGGUUGCUUUUAGUGAUGUCUUUAUAACAAGGAGAAAUAAAACAUAUUUCAAACAGUUUCCUGUAUUUCAACGGUUAUAAUUAUUUGUUUCUCAUCGACAAUCCUUAAAUAUUUCACGUGACUAGCGAAUCAUAUAAUAUUUUAGUUUCUGAUGUAAAAUAAGUUAGCAAUAAAUCCUCUUGAUGUUGCAAAAAGGUUAUUAUAUGAGAAAAAUCGUUAUAAUGCAAAGAAAUAAACUAAAC